AUGCCAAUCGGCAUCCAACGUCUGAACGCAAAGAAAUCACAGCCUAAUCCGCACAUUGUCUUCAUCAAGCCUCUAAAAGGGCCAGAUGAGGAAAUUGCCCAAGAUUUUCUUGAGAGAAUUGCAGCGCAAUGUCGUAAGUUGCCUUUUUCGGCAGAUGAGUUUCCGCCCAACAGAGAAUUUGUAGGCCGUAAUUUCAAUGCCGGAGAGGUGAUUCAACUUGUGCUCAAGUCUCCCGGCAGUGGCCGGUGGCUCCCGUUCAACUAUGUACAGAUGGUGAUGAUGCAUGAGCUCGCUCACUGCGCGCAGAUGAAUCACUCCAGGGCCUUUUGGGCAGUGAGAAACCAGUACGCUGCACAGAUGCAAACUUUGUGGGCCGAGGGAUACAAGGGAGAUGGACUCUGGGGUAGAGGGGCCAAGUUGGCGACUGGAGAAUGGGAGAGGAACGCUGUUCUGGCGGAUGAAGUGCUGCCGGAGCAUCUCUGCGGAGGCACAUAUCGAUCUCGAGGGAGGAAACGCAAGGCCAAACCAGUCUUGACGUACCAGGAGAGAAAAGAGAAAAGGAUUCUCAAGAAGUUUGGCAAGAAUGGAGUCGCACUAGGGGCAGACGAAGAGGAAAAAGUCAAGCUCGAGAAAGGCAAACGCGUCCAAGCGAAGCCUAGAGUGGCCGGCAGCUUGCGAGGGCGAGAGCUUCGUGCGGCUGCGGCAUUGGCUCGGUUCGAGCAAAAUCGAGACGACGUUCCAAAGAAGGAAGAGGAGAUGGAUGAGGAGGAGGACGGGCUGAGUGACUACGAAGACGGAGACCUGGCGGAUUCCAAAGCCGCGGUGGAUUUGGACGGAACGAGGAUGACGGAUAAGGAUGGCGGUGAUAUGGUCAAGGUGUGCGAAGAUGAGGACCCAAGCGAUGCUGAUGCGAAGAACGAGCUUGAUGAAUUACAUGGGUUGUUUGGCAGACGGAAAAUUAAACAGGAAUCAGGUCCACAGCGGUUGAAUUUACACUCGUCAAGGAAUCUGGAUUCAGAAAGGGCAGUUUUGGCCGACAAUGGUGCUUCAUCAAAAGCCUUGUCGUCUAUACCACACGUCAAAUCAAAACACAGCGAAAUAACUAUCAAACCAGAGCCGGAAUCGAAUUCCAAGAACCACCAGUCAUUGCUUGAAACGGUAUCAAGUCCUAAAAUCACCACUGCCACCACCACCACUACGGCGGUAAAUACACGAGAGAGCCCAAGCAGCAGCACUGCACCAGCACCAACCGACUGCUCAAUGUGCUCCUUUGCAAAUCCUCCUUUGGCAAUCACAUGCGCCAUGUGCGCAAACGUCCUCGACCCAAAACACACGAGCGGCUCGUGGCAGUGCGAGGGCACGUCAUGCGCAGCCACGGCGUAUCGGAAUGCGAGGGACUGCGGCGUGUGCGGAUUGUGUGGGAAGAGACGG